UCGUUACGGAGGGAGAGAAUCAGUUCACACCAAAAGCAAACCUCUCCAAAAGCUCUCUUUCUGCAUGAAAUUUCACUUCAAUCCCAUAUAUUCACUUCAUACAGUCAAAACAACCAAUAACUCAUUUUCCUUCUCUCUCUGAAUUUUAUAACACCCUCUACUUCUUAGGCUUUUUUCUUCUUUUCUGUAUAAUCUCUCUUUCUCUUUCUUGCUAGCUAGCUAGCUUUUGAUCUUUUCAUAUGGAAGGAGGAGUAAAGAUGAGAGACUCUGCAGGCCAUGUUAUAAUGGAGAUAGAGGCUAGUAAGCCUCCAGGCAAUGGUAUUGUUGUAGGAGGAUUGAGUCCUUUGAGUGAGACGCUGUGGAAAGAGAAGACAGACACUGAAUUCAUUGGAGAUGUGUCGGCAAGGCUCACAUGGAAGGAUCUGACGGUUGCGGUGUCGCUCAGCAAUGGAGAGACGCAGAAGGUGUUGGAAGGGCUCACUGGAUAUGCUGAGCCAGGAAAUCUAACGGCUCUCAUGGGUCCUUCGGGUUCAGGGAAAUCGACGCUCCUUGAUGCUCUGUCUAGUCGGCUGGCGACGAAUGCGUUCCUCUCUGGAUCUAUCCUCCUUAAUGGACGGAAGGCGAAGCUGUCGUUUGGGAAUGCGGCAUAUGUGACGCAAGACGAUAACUUGAUUGGGACCUUGACGGUGCGUGAAACUAUAUCUUACUCUGCUCGUCUCCGUCUCCCCGACAAGAUGCCUUGGUCGGAGAAGCAAGCUCUUGUUGAGAGCACCAUCAUCGAAAUGGGUCUUCAAGAUUGCGCAGAUACAGUGAUUGGGAACUGGCAUUUGCGGGGUGUCAGUGGAGGAGAAAGGAGGAGAGUCAGCAUUGCACUCGAGAUACUGAUGAGACCUAGACUGCUAUUCCUUGAUGAGCCCACAAGCGGUCUCGACAGUGCUUCUGCUUUCUUCGUGACCCAAACUCUCCGCGCCCUAUCUAGAGAUGGCCGGACUGUUAUUGCAUCAAUUCACCAGCCCAGCAGUGAGGUUUUCGAGCUAUUCGAUCAAUUGUACUUGCUCUCUAGCGGCAAAACCGUGUACUUUGGGAAGAUUUCAGAGGCAUAUGAGUUCUUCGCGCAAGCUGGUUUCCCAUGCCCAACGCUGAGAAACCCAUCCGAUCAUUUCUUACGGUGCAUAAACUCGGAUUUCGAUAAGGUGAAAGCUACUCUAAAAGGAUCCAUGAAAAUGAGGUUUGUGAACACAGAUGACCCUCUGGAAAAGACAACCACAGCCGAAGCAAUCCGAACAUUGAUAGGUUUCUACAAUUCUUCUCAAUACUACUACACAGCUAGAGAGAAAGUCGAGGAAAUAUCCAAAGUGAAAGGCACCGUGCUGGAUUCAGGAGGCAGUCAAGCUAGUUUUUUAAUGCAGGCAUUCACCUUAACCAAGCGCUCCUUCGUGAACAUGUCAAGAGAUUUCGGUUAUUACUGGUUGAGGCUCGUGAUUUACAUCGUCGUGACUAUCUGCAUUGGAACCAUCUACUUGAAUGUUGGGACGAGCUACCAUUCCAUUCUGGCAAGAGGCGCAUGUGCUUCUUUUGUCUUUGGAUUUGUCACCUUCAUGUCCAUCGGAGGAUUUCCUUCAUUCGUGGAAGAUAUGAAGGUUUUCCAGAGAGAGAGGUUGAACGGUCACUAUGGGGUGGCAGCAUUUGUUAUCGGCAACACAAUUUCUGCGACGCCGUUCCUGAUCAUGAUUACCUUCAUUUCUGGAACAAUAUGCUAUUUCAUGGUUCAUCUCCAUCCCGGGUUCAUGCAUUAUCUGUUUUUCGUUUUGUGCCUCUAUGCGAGUGUCACAGUUGUGGAAAGCUUGAUGAUGGCUAUUGCCAGUGUUAUCCCUAACUUCCUAAUGGGAAUCAUUAUCGGGGCUGGUAUCCAGGGAAUUUUCAUGCUCGUUUCUGGGUAUUUUAGGCUCCCAAAGGACAUCCCAAAACCUGUCUGGCGAUAUCCAAUGUCUUACAUCAGUUUCCAUUACUGGGCACUUCAGGGCCAAUACCAAAAUGAUCUGAGAGGCCUGGAAUUUGAUAACCAGACACCAGAUCUCCCAAAGAUCUCCGGUGAAUACAUACUAGAAUAUGUCUUCCAGAUUGACGUUGACCGCUCGAAAUGGUUGGACCUGACGGUUCUCUUCUGUAUGAUAAUCAUCUACCGCAUCUUAUUCUUCAUUAUGAUCAAGAUCAGCGAGGAUGUGACUCCUUGGGUAAGGGGCUACAUUGCAAGGAGAAGACUGCAACAGAAGAAAAGCACCAAACCAGGAACACCUGGUGUUCCCAACCGCCUCACUCAAUCGCCUUCCCUCAAAACUUACGUCGACAGCCAGGACAAUGAGCCGUAGUGGAAAUUGGAACCGAGAUCAAAUUUUCAACAGCUAGAUGAGAACAGUAAGAUUUUAUAGUAAUAUUAAUUCCACUUAACCAAUCAAAGUUGUCUGCAGAUUGUGGGUGGAACUACAAGGCAAGGACAAAAAAAAUAGUAUGCAACCCUUGAAUUUCUGUAAAUUGACGGAGAUUGUGGCAUAUAUAAUAAUCAAAUGAAAAGCCUUUUGGGAACCUUUUCUAUAUUUACCUCUUAGGUAACGUCGGUUCUGGUUACCUGGUAAAGCCAUACUUCAUAUACACCUUUUAUUCCAUGCCCGUUAAUACAUUUGCCAGUUUUUUA